CUACAUUUAUAUUCAGGGCGUUUAGCAGACAAUUUUAUCAAAAGACACUUACAAUAAGUCCAUUUGUCAGAAGAAAGAGAAACAACAAUAUAUUGCUGUAGGUAAGGUAAGGAUGUUCAUAGAACCAAGGGCCAAGCACUAACCAUCACUAGGUUAACCCAUUCCCCGUACACAACACAGAUAGCUAGGAGAAGGCGCUACACCAUGCUUAGUAAUAGUUUUAAGUUCCAGGAUGACUAACUUACAAUAAGUGCGUACAUUAAGUGCCAUUAUUCAUAUAAAAAUCGAUACAUUUUAUUCCAACUGAUUUAUGAUUCAUUUUCUAUUAUUAUUUAUUCACCUCAAUAGAAUCAAUCGUCGCUCAAAACACAUUAUCUCGUCGGGGUUCUUGUUUUGUGUGUAUUUUGUAUAAUCCCCAUGAGCCAAUCAAUGUUCUGCACAAACAACCCAGGACUCUGAAACACCACUCCAGGACUAGCUGACGUCAGAGUGUACGGACCGAGAAACAAAUCCUCUAAAACAGUAUUGAGUUUUCUGUAAAAAUAUAAAAGUAUUGACACGUUUUAUGGCGACUGCUUUGCAAAAAAAGCCAUUUAGCGUAGAGGAAAUGGUGUAUUGAUGAACGCAAUUCCGCUGUGGCCCUCCCCCAUCAAUCCAUCGAGCCAUGAUGGCCCUAGCAGACGUUACCUUCGCCCUAUAAAACAGAGGAUUCGUCCUGAGCGGUCAGAACAGCCCCACAGACCUGCACUAGCCUCCAGCCUCCAGACCUUCAACAACAUCACAGACAUGGCUUCGACCUCUGUGCUGCUUUGUGCGCUGGCGCUGCUGUCGUGUUGGACGGCCCUCGCCACACAGGCCCCUGCGGAGGGGGGGGCUGGCGGCGGCAGGCUGAACCAGCUGCUGGGCAGGGGGGGGGCCGGGGAGACCUCCCCCAGAGGGGACCUUCACACCCGAGUGUCCCGCAUGGAGAAGAUGACCCUGUCGGAGCAGGAGCGUGAGCUCAGGACCAAGGAGAUCAUGGCGGCCAUCUCAGAGAUGGUGAACUCUGGGUGCCCGUCCAGCCGGGACUACCAAGGCUGGGUGGACUUUGGCCGGCGCAGUGCAGAGAGGACGGAGUGAUCUCCAGCAGCGACCAGCAGCAAAGACGUCGGAACAUAGGUGUAUUGUGUCCAUUUUUGUAUCUCUUAAAAUCAACAUGUGAUAUUUUGUAAGAAGCUAAUAAAGCAGAGCUGUGCGGUGAAUGCGUUGAUUGGUUGAUCUUUGUGUUCCACUUCACGAGGGUAGACAGGCAAACAACAAGAGGCAAUAGGGAAUGCCGGUAAAUCCACAGUAAGGUUUAUUCACAGAUCAAUCACGGUAUUUACACGUCGACAAAAGACUGGGAUUGUGACCUCCAUCAACACACAUGGGUAGAGCAUUUCAAAGUCUCAGAGAUGAGACACAGAACAGUUUGGUUCAUUAUUGCCACAAACUAGCGUCACCUUUGGAUUCCUCCUUUUUCUUAUCCUAGCUUUCCUACGUUAUUAUUGAUUUCUGAUUGUACACAAAGUUCCUUUAAAGAAGUCUGAAUAAAUACAUUCAUCUGGUGUCACAUCAGCUCCAUGAAGCUCUUCUUAGACAGGGCUGUGUCCACAUUACAGUCGAGU